UUUAUUGCAGGCAACCCUGGCACUGCGGCUCAUCAUCCAGGAGCCCGAGUGCCAAGAUGCACUGAUGAUUUAUGCCCCCCACCUCCUCGUGGCUCUGCUUUUCCAAGUCUACAUGAGCACAGAGCAGAUGCCAGAGGAGGUCAAGAUCUUCUGGAGGCAAUGCCAGGAGCAACAUGAGCUUCCCAACGACCCCAACAGGUUUGCAGUACAGACCAUCAAGGCCCUGCUCUGCAGUUCACACUGGGAGAAUGAGGUGGUGGCAAUAGAACGUAAACGUGGCUGGGACACCCUCCUCCAUCCUGACACCCACCAUUAUGCAGUGGGGCUGCUGGCCAGGGAAAUGCGCAGCAUUUUGGUGCCCUUCUAUUCCCUGAUUGCAACCCACCUGCUUGGGCUGCUCAGCAGGGAGGAGCCCCGCUGGGAGCUGCCUGCCCUGGCCUUCCUUGUUGAGCUCCUGGACUAUCUGGAGGGGAGAAAAUGUCAUGAGAGUGUCCUGCCAAUCCUAUCAAGGCACCUGCACAGUCAGUGCCCUGAGAGCCGUCGCCUGGCGCUCAGAGGACUCCUUGUGCUCAGUGUGGAUCCCUCCAUGGCUGAAAGCAUCUACAGCCUGGCUGAGCACCUCAUGGAGCUGCUUCAUGAUGGAGACGGAGAUGUGGUCAGCAUGACCCUCUCUGUGUUCCUGAAUAUGCUCCGGGAGAAAGAUAUCAAAGCAUUCAGCUCCACUGCCCCGAAGCUGGCCGAGGCGCUCCAACCACUCUUUGAUAACGACAACACCCAUGUGCAGCUGCUCUCUAUUCGCCUCUCCCAGGAGGUCAUGGAGUUGCUUGUGGGAGAGGGAACAAAUAUGCAGGUGCACCAGAGCCUGGUCCCCCCGUUCUUCCGCUGGCAUGAUGAGAACCAGUGCGUGGCAGAGGUGCCAGCCAUCGUGAGGUACAUCCACCAGUGCCUCACCUUCCAGGUGUCUUCACAUGUCAGCCUCCAAACCAACAUUCUCAGACUGGCAGGUGCACACUCCUGUGACGUGGUGAUGUCUCUCCUGAGCUGUGCCCCAGCGUGUGACAG